CCCCAGAUCUCCGUCCGGACGGGGAUUUACCACGGCGGGGAGCCCCUCUGCGACAACGUCAACACCCAGCGUGUUCCCUGCUCCAACCCCAGGUGGAACGAAUGGCUCUGCUACGACAUCCACCUCGCGGACCUGCCCCGCGCCGCCCGCCUCCGCCUCGCCGUCUGCUCCGUCAAGGGGGCCAAAGAGGUGGGGGGAUUGGCCGGCUCAGGGGGGCGGGGAAUGGGGGGCAGGCUGGCUGUGCCCCCCCGAGCAGGAGCAGUGCCCCCUGGCGUGGGGGAACCUCCAUCUCUGUGAUUACAAAGAUACCUUGGUGGCUGGGAAGAUGGCGCUUAACCUGCGGCCGGUGCCCCACGGCCUGGAGGACUCACUGAACCCUAUUGGAGUGGGGGGCUCGAACCCCAACAGGGUGCCAGGAGAUGUGCUACGCGGGCUACUGGCCACCCGGCACCGCGCCACCCUGCUGCUCAGCCUGUCCUCGCUGCUGCGGAGCGCGGGGCUGCCGGAGCGGCAGCCCUUCGGCCAGGCCGCCUACGGGCGCAAGGCGCCGGCGCUCGCCGAGGCCGAGCCGGAGGCGCUCGAGUCCUUCAGCCAGCGGAUGAACGAGGCGCCCCACGGCGGCUGGAGCACCAAGAGGGACUGGAUCUUCCACACCCUCCGGCACAUGCCCCUCGGCGAGGCCGGGCACGACCGAGGGGCCCUGCCCGCCCGCCCCGGAGGGGGAUGGACCGUGGGGCGGGGGCUCUCCCCCUUGGGGGGAGCCCUCCCAGGAGCACAGGCCCCGCCCUCCUGGCUCGGGCGCUGA